AUGGCAGGUUUCCAAAAUCCAAACGAUUACUCGUGGCAACCUCCUGAAAACAGUCAGAAUUACUCAUUUAAUGCUUCCAACACUUUCGGAGAUGCUUCUCAAACAUUGGACUUUCAAACCUUUGCGCCCGAGCAACAAAACUUCUCAUACGAUCAAGGACCAAAUGUGCCUGCUAAUAACAAUCAGUACUACAAUCCUAGUUUGUUUACACCAGCUCCAAUACCAGGGGAGCCAGCUGCAGCGACGUCAGAGUUUGAUGAACCGCCUUUACUGGAUGAAUUAGAAAUUUAUCCAGAUAGAAUUCUUGAAAAGACUUUAGCUGUUCUAAAUCCCUUUCAUGGGCAAUCUAAAGCAGAUGAUGCAAACUUUUUGCUUAGGGAUACUGAUAUUGCUGGCCCAAUAGCUUUCUGCCUAGCCUUAGCUGUCUGUUUAUUUCUUUCUGGAAACAAAGCACAUUUUGGCUAUGUUUAUGGCUUAUCGAUGAUGUCUGUCAUAUUAAUGUAUUUUCUUCUGGCAUUGAUGAGCCGUACUGAAGGUGUUUUUACACUUUUAAGUGUUGCAAGUGUUUUAGGGUAUUGCAUGCUACCCAUGGUAGCGUUAGCUAGUCUCGGGAUAUUCAUCUCGUUAGAGGGAACUGUAGGUUUAUCCUUGUCAGCUAUUGCUGUUAUAUGGUCAGCAUUGUCUGCAAGUAGAUUAUUUGUUACUAUGUCUGGAGAUGCCGAGCAGAGGCCACUGAUAGCAUAUCCUUGUGCUUUAGUCAAUGGAGUAUUUGCGUUAUUAGUUUUGUUUUAA